AUGGCCUUGGCUAACUCCAGACCACUUCCAAUACCAACUGCAGAUCACGAGGUUCUUUUAAAUAACGCCUCUCCUGUGUUUCAACCAAACGCUACAUCUCUAGGUAUAACCAAUAAGGAAAUGCCGACUCCAAGUGCUGCCUCAAGUUCGGAUUCCAAUAUGACUUCAAAUUCUAAUUUGAAUUCAUCGGUUACGAAUUCUUCUUCGAGUUCCGCCUCUUCCACGGCCAAGCCAAAGAAGGAGAAGGAGGCUCCUGCUUUGGAAAUAUCGAAACUACUACCUGUCACAGGUGAACGUCCGGCUCCUUUAGAUAGGGCUGCUCCUUUAAACGAUGAUGUCUUAUUUGCUGUUUUUAAUAUUUUAUGGGAUCAAGAUUCAAACCAACAAGGUAUGACUGUAAAGCAGUUAUGUGAUCUAUUGUUAGAAAAACAUCCAGAAAUGUCUACCUUGUCUACAAAACUCUCUAAUUUGAUUUCUGCAAAAUUAAAUGCAUAUGUGAAAAAAUUAGAAAAGGGGGAAAAGACUUUGAAAUAUGCUCUUUCAAGAGAAUGGUCUGACUCUACCCCUCGUAGAAUGGUUUAUGUUUAUCGUGGGAUUUUAGCUGAUGAUUAUAAAGAGCAUGCUUUAGCUGCUGCUAAACAAUUGAAAAGAAAUGAUUCUUCUACCACUUCCUUAAUCUCUUCAAGCUCAAACUCAAAGAAGAAUCAACAAAAUCAACAACAGAACGAUAAUCAAUCACAACUACAGCAACAGCAGCAACAACAGCACUUACAACAAGAUCAACAAGCUUCAUUUUCGCAGACUUUAGGUUUAGGACCUCAAAUUCGUCAAGAAUUUAAUAUACCUUAUUCCACAUCUCCUGUGUCUGCUAAUAUGACACCAGCUAAAAAUGCCAUCUCUAUUUCAACAACUAUCACCAAUAGUAACGGUUCUAAAAGAGGUAGCACUUCUCAAGAUUUUGAAGGUGGUAGUAAUAAUAAUUCCGCAAAAAAAAGGAAAAAGAGUCAAACUUCAGAUUCUGCUUCCUCUCGUGAAACUUCUCAACCUCAAACUCCUUAUAUUACUGCUGCUGCUGCAGCUCCAAGAAUAUCAAAAUUAGUUAGUAGAGAUAAACCAGCUAAUUCACAAAAUACUGCAGAAACAGUUUCUGCUAUACAUAAUGUAAUCUCCACACAAAUGCCUGUCGAAGUUAUUCUACCGACUCAAUCAGAAUACAUUGAUGGUUUAUUAUUAACCCCCUGGGUGAAAACUGUAAGGGAGGGUUUCCUUACAGAAGAUAUUGAUUCGCCAGAGUCUUUGACAAUGGACGAUUUGGAUAAUUUUUUUGAUUAA